CCCAGCAGCAACCUCCAGCGGCCUCUCCUCCUCGCGGGCCGCCCGAACGUCUCCCUCGGCGAAGCGGCGUGAGCAGCCAUCAGGCACUCGCACAGACAGCCCCUGGGUCCUCGCGCCAAGCUGGGCUGCCGUACAGCAUGGCGGCGCUGUGGGGAGCGUGGCGGUGCUUCCGGUCCCAGCCCGGGCUCUGCCGUAUAGGGCGGGCCCUGUCUUCAGGGAAGAGCGAGUAUGAUCUUCUCGUCAUUGGGGGAGGGUCUGGUGGCCUUGCUUGUGCAAAAGAAGCUUCCCAAUUUGGAAAGAAGGUGGCUGUGUUGGAUUUUGUGGAUCCUUCUCCAAAAGGAACCAAAUGGGGACUCGGUGGUACCUGCGUGAACGUCGGUUGCAUUCCUAAAAAGCUUAUGCACCAAGCAGCUCUUCUGGGAGGUUCCCUCAAAGAUGCCCAGCGUUACGGCUGGAAUAUAUCCCACCCUGUGAAUCACGACUGGUCCACAAUGGCAAAAGCUGUCCAAAACUACGUCAAAUCCUUGAACUGGGGACACAGAGUGCAGCUCCAGGACAAGAAAGUGAAGUACUUCAACUUGAAAGGCCGUUUUGUGGAUGCGCACACGAUUUGCGGGCUGGCCAAAGGAGGCAAAGAGAUUUUGUUUACCGCAGAAAACAUAGUCCUCGCCACUGGAGGAAGGCCUAAAUAUCCCUCAAAUAUUGCAGGGGCGCAGGAAUAUGGGAUUACUAGUGACGAUCUCUUCUGGCUGAAAAAGUCUCCUGGGAAAACGUUGGUUGUUGGAGCCAGCUAUGUGGCCCUCGAGUGUGCCGGCUUUCUCACUGGCCUCGGGCUGAACGCUACGGUCAUGAGGAGGAGCAUCCCGCUGCGAGGAUUUGACCAGCAAAUGGCUGCCUUCGUCACAGAUUACAUGGAAGCCUACGGAACGAGGUUUCUGAAGAAGUGUAGCCCGACUAAAGUGAAGAAGACCGAGCAUGGCCGGCUACGAGUGACAUGGAAAUACGCUGACUCUGGCAAAGAAAAGUCAGAUGAAUUUGACACCGUGAUGUGGGCAGUAGGUCGAGCUCCUGACACUCAAACUCUCAACCUGGAGGUGGCUGGAGUGAAAACAAACCCUGCAACGGGAAAGAUUGUUGUUGAUGCAAGAGAAGCUACUUCUUCUUCCCACAUCUACGCAAUCGGAGACAUAACAGAGGGUCGCCCCGAGCUAACGCCUACAGCGAUCGCCGCGGGGAAACUGUUGGCUCGGAGGUUGUUUGGCCAGUGUACAGACCUCAUGGAUUAUGACAACGUGCCCACGACCGUUUUCACUCCCCUGGAAUAUGGCUGCGUGGGUCUCUCGGAAGAAGAAGCUACAGGCCGGUUUGGACCAGAUCAUAUCGAGGUGUACCAUGCAUUUUACAAGCCGUUGGAAUUUACUGUGGCUGAAAGAGAUGCAGCUAAGUGUUACAUAAAAAUGGUGUGCUCACGUGAGAAAGAACAGCGAAUCCUUGGCCUUCAUUUCAUUGGUCCGAACGCUGGUGAAGUUAUUCAAGGAUUUGCUCUUGGAAUCAGAUGUGGUGCUACCUAUUCACAGCUGAUGAAGACUGUUGGGAUCCACCCUACCUGUGCUGAGGAAGUCGUUAAGCUGCACAUCACCAAACGGUCGGGGGCAGACCCUACCGUCACUGGCUGUUGAGGUUAGCUGCCAUCCCUGGCGAGCGACUGAAAGAGCACUUGGUAGAAGGAGCCUGAAGGAAAAGAGAGUGACGCUGAAACAUGGGAAAUGUCAGAUUUAUGCUGACGAGCUGGAACUGAUGGAGAAGUAGGAUGGAUGGAAACGAACAGGAUUUGCUCCUUUCCUGAUGGACUCUGCCUCGUGCUCUCCAGGGAUGGCCUCUUUGUAACAAUAUCGGCCAGGCUAAUGUCGACUUGAAUGGUCUGAUGGAUGAUUCGGAUUAUUUCCUGUGUGUGCAAAGCUGAAAAAUGUGUGUGUGUGUGUUCCCCGAACUAAUAAAUGCAGUCAGGCCAGCUGCCCCCACCCCCUUUCUGGGAAUCCAGCUAAUGACAGCUUGUGUAUUAAACCACACAUUGGGCUACACAAGUCUUGAUUUGCUGGGUCCUUCUUCCACACAAGAAAUCCUGUUAUAUUUAUAGUGGACAACCUUAUGGAAAAAUAAAGAACACAGUUCCCCCCCA